AUGAAUAACAUUCUUGUCACCAGUUGGUUUAAUCUUCAUUCUUCAGUGCCUUUAUCUUAUGUUCAACCUCCAGAAAGUAGACCCGACACAAUUUCUGUACUUUCCGACAAGACGAUUCCUGUGGUGGAUCUUGGGGGAUAUGUUUAUACCGAAACAUUAUUGCACAUUUUAAAAGCUUCCAAGGAGUAUGGAUUUUUGCAGGUGAUCAACCAUGGAGUUUCAAAGGAGUUGAUGGAUGAUACAAUGAAUAUUUUCAAGGAAUUUCAUGUCAUGCCUGAAGUAGAAAAGAUAAGUGAAAGUUCAAAGGAUCCAAAUGGAAGUUGUAAGCUAUAUACAAGUCGUGAGAUUAAUAACAAAGAUUGCAUUCAAUAUUGGAGAGACACAUUAAGACAUUUUUGUCCACCUUCAGAAUUUAUGGAGUUUUGGCCACAAAAGCCUACAAGAUACCGGUAAUUAAAAUAAACAAACUCCUUAAGGUCUUGGUCAGUUUUUUAUUAAAUAAACGAAAAAUAAAAACUUU